AUGAAGCUAUUUGCGUGGUAUGUUCAACGCCCAUAUGAAAAGUCAGGAGCUUGUGUCGUUCUUGAGGGGGAGGAAGGUUGCGGUAAGAAUAUUGCGUUUGAGAUUCUGAAAAAUCAUGUCAUCGGGACUCGCUACUGUCUCGAGACGCCAAAGAUGAAAAUUCUGACUGGUCGCUUCAACUCGGCACGCGAGCAUAAGAUAUUGACCGUUUUGAACGAAGCAGCCAAUGUCAAGCAAUCCUCACAUGAAGACCAAGACGAACUUAAAGACUGUAUCACCGAGUCGACUUGUAUGAUUGAGAAAAAAAGGCAUCGAUCCUUAUCGAGUCAGGGACUGUAAUAAUCUCUUUAUUGCAUCCAAC